CCCGCUCCUUUCCCUCCCCUUAUCUCAGUUACCUCUUCUCACAUCCUUCACUGCAUGCUACCGCGACGUAUAUCUCAGCUGGCGCAACCGCUGCGCUCACCAGCUCCACACGUCCUCCACACCCCUCCAUUCCACAGGCUCUCUGCGCGCCGCCUUUUGCGUAAUAGGCGACGAAAUUCUCAACGGCAAAGUCCACGACUCAAAUUCACAUUACUUUGCCCGCAAAUGCUUUAACCUUGGCGUCGCCCUGGACAAAAUCGACGUCGUCCCGGACCAGCACACGUCGAUCGCCAACACCCUGAAGCGCCUGGCGCACUCACACGACUUUGUUUUCACCUCCGGCGGCAUUCGGCCCGACCCACGACGACAUUACCUAUGAGGCCAUCGCCAUGGCCUUUGCCCAGCCGCUGGCAUACCACAAGGAGACGCUGGAGAGAAUGCAUAAGGAUCAUGAAGCUGCGCCAAACCCAUGUGACGCUGCCUGAUCCGAACGGCUCGCUUGCAGGAAGUGGCCAGCGCAAGGAUGGCGCUGUUUCCUCAACAGGCCACGGUCGAGUAUCCGUGCGACAAGUACUGGGUGCCAGGUGGUGCAGAUCCGCAAUGUGCAUGUGUUUCCGGGCAUUCCGCGUCUCUUUGAAGAGCUACUUGAUGCCUACCUGCCGACCCUGGUGGCGCGCAUGUCGAAUACGCCUGUGCGGCCAUUUAUGCGGGCAUUGGUGGGAACCCAGCUGCGGGAGUCGCAGAUUGCGCCAGUACUCGAGGAGAUGCAGAAGAAAUACGAGACAAUGGGUGUCAAGCUCGGGUCGUACCCGAAUUGGACCCCCGUACCGACUGAAGGUGCUGCUCGCCAGCCGCUGGUCGUGCUGUCGGCUGUUGGUAGUGAUCGAGGAAUCGUCGAGCAGUGCCGGCGAGAGCUGAUAGAGCAGCUCGAGGGCUUUGAUGUUGAGCAGUCCAACUUAGGAUAUCUUUUUUGUGGAUUAUAUUCAUUGCGUCUUUGGAUAGCGCUGCUAGGAAUCAGAAUGGCAUGAAACCAGAUGAGAUCG